UGUCGGUGCCGUCUCCGCGCUCCCGGUGGACGAGGGAAAAGUUAUUUUGUCUCCUUAAAGGAAUCCAACUAAAAGGAGAAAAUGUUUAGAUGAGCGCCCAUCCAUAAAUCAAGCUCGGACAAUCAGCCGACACUGAUUGGACUCUUUUCCUCUCGACAAGUUGCUGUCUGCAGCCGCUGUGGGAGCCGGAGUCGCCAUGGAGACGGUGGUGAUUGUGGCCAUUGGGGUGUUGGCCACCAUUUUCCUGGCCUCCUUCAUUGCCCUAGUGGUGGUGUGCAGACACCGCUACUGCCACCCUCACGAUCUGCUGCACCACUUCGACUCCAAACCCACAGUUGAUCUGAUCGGAGCCAUGGAGACUCAGAGUGAACCGUCAGAGCUGGAGCUGGACGAUGUUGUCAUCACCAACCCUCACAUCGAGGCCAUCCUGGAGAAUGAGGACUGGAUAGAAGACGCCUCUGGUCUGGUCUCUCACUGCAUCUCCAUCCUAAAGAUCUGCCACACUUUGACUGAGAAGCUGGUUGCCAUGACAAUGGGCUCGGGGGCAAAGGUCAAAGCACCAGCCAGCCUGAGUGAUAUUAUCACAGUGGCAAAACGUAUUAGCCCAAGGGUGGACGACGUGGUCAGAUCCAUGUACCCUCCUCUGGAUCCAAUCCUCUUGGACGCCAGGGCCACUGCUCUGCUCCUUUCAGUCAGCCACCUGGUGCUGGUCACCCGCAACGCCUGUCACAUGUCCGGCAGUAUGGACUGGAUCGACCAGUCGCUCCACGCAGCUGAAGAUCACAUGGUGGUUUUGCGUGAGGCAGCGCUGGCCUCUGAACCGGAACGAAGCAUACCUGGAGCUGACGCACAGAGAGAGCAGGCCAUUUAGAGCAAGCACAGAUACUGACACAAGCAAACAGCAGCAGAGGGGCAUGAGAUUGUGUCAUUUAUGUCCUUCAGCUCUCUCCCUUUCUAAAUUCUGUACACAGUUUAUACUAAACAGGCACAUAUUCUACCAGACAGCGCUGAAACGGCAUGCUUCCCAAACUCAUCAUCCAGUCCAAAUUAAUAUGGACUUCUGAUCAGUAAACAGGCUGAACAGGUUGUGCUGAUGGA